GUGCGAGGGUGGUUGUGCUGUGCACGUAGAUACGGCCUGGCACGUAAUCCCGUGGAUUUCUGAACUGUUAUUAUGUCCUCAGGCAAAAAGAACAAGAAGAAGAAGGGGGUAACAGUAGAUUUGUGGUCGUUCCUGGCCGACGGAAAUGGGCCGACUCCUAAUAUACCGCUGAAAUCGUCUAAUUGGGCUGAUGAUGUGGAGGACGAUCAUGAAGGAUUUUCAUCAAGGAGCAGCAAAGAUCCGGUUAUAUUGCCGACUGCUCCAAGGGCUGCACGAGGACCAGGGAUUGAUGAGGAGAAUAUCCCUACAAAUCCUCCUUAUGUAGCUUACAUAAGCAAUCUGCCAUAUGAUGUAGAUGAAGCUGAUCUGGCAGAUUUUUUCGCAGAUAUGAAGAUUUCAAAUAUGCGUUUGCCAAAAGAUGCAAAUAAAAUUAAAGGCUACGGUUACGUCGAAUUCGAGGAUCGUCAGAGUCUAAUUGAUGCUCUAUCUAUGACAAAUACGACGAUUAAGACGAGACGGGUGAGAAUUGAAGUCUCCAAUAGUAGUAAUGACGAUCGUCGAAGCGGUAGAAUGGGUAGAGACAACCGUAGGGACAAUUAUGAUGAUCCGGAACGUACUUCCGGCGACUGGAGGAGCGGACCGCGGGAAGAUUUGCUAGAUGGAGAUUCCUAUCGUAGUCGGUACGAUAGAGACCGAUUUGACAAUAGAGAUCGGCGAGAUGACAGAGAAAGACACGAUUAUGAUAAUAAGCCAGGUGCAUGGCGCGAGAGAGACAACAAUGAUAAAGGAUCCUCGUUUAAAGACAGGGGUGGCUUCAGAGAUGAUAGCAAGGAUAGAGACAGAGACCGGGAUUGGAAUCGUUUUGGCGAUAGAGGGAGAAGUAGAGACAGAGAUGGGGGAGACAGAAGCAGCAGUUUCGGACCACGUCGUAAUUAUGGCGAUUCCGAUUGGGAUCGUGAUCGUCGGCAAGAUCGAGACGCGAAACCCGAGCCGCGACAGAGACCGAAACUGAAUCUACAACCUCGCACGAAACCCGUCGAGCCCCUCGUAGUCGCGGAAGAGUCAGCGGCUAAAGACAGUACGAUAGAAUCGAAACCAACGGCGAAUACAGAAUCAACUCAACGAGCACCAGCUGCCACACCCGUGCCAGCGGCCAAUAUUUUUGGUGCUGCGAAACCUGUAGAUACCACUGCCCGUGAACGAGAAAUAGAGGAACGUCUCGCUAAAUCUUACGCAGAAUCACGAUCCCGAGAAGAACCGGACAUUAAAGAACGUAAAGACGGCACUUGGGGUCGACGUAAUGGCGAAGGACGCGACGACAAAGACAAAGAUAGGGGUCGGUCAGCUUGGCGAUCGGAAGAAGACAGAGAUGCUCGGGUUGAAAGAUCCGCGCCACGUUCUCAACCAACUCCCACUCGUACUGUAGAAGAACAAAGUGGAUCCAAAGUAUCGCCAGCACCGCGUUCUGGACUAUCGACGUCCAAAGGGUCUCAGAAAUCUGUUGAGAAGGAUACUCGUGCAGAAAGGGAUCGCAAAGACAAAGAGAAAGAUGAAAUCAGUAGAAUGCCGAAGGCUAAAGACGAACAAGCUCCAAAUUUUGUAGCUUCCAACAAAUAUUCCAUGCUACCUGAUGAUGUGGAUCCUGACAAUAUCGAUGAAUAGUCUCAAAUGAUUAUAAUUUGCAUCACAUACCUAAAUUGUGCCACAUGCAAUACAUAAUUAUGUGUAUUAUUAAUAUUUGUUUUACUUCUACUAUUGCAUGGAUUCGUCAUAAGCCAGGCGUUGUGCUCUAUUGGUAUUACUUUACUGGAAUUAUUGUUGAUUUGUAUUUAAUCUCUAUUUUAAUAUUCUCAAUAAUAUAACUCUUAUAUUUCUAUAUCAACCUAUAUAUAUUUACUUUACAUUUUGGUACGAAAA